AAAUGAAACAGCUUCAGAGGUUUUGAUUCACUGUUAUCCUUGGGUUCAUAAGCAAAUUAAAUUGAUUGGAUUAACCGCUUAUGAGAUAUAUGCCAUCUGUAGUAUAUCAGUCUCGUGUCUGAGACAGUGCUCGGAUGGACCUUCCUAAGACUUGCUGACUCAGUUUCUGUGGAUGACAGUUUCUGGCUUUCCCUGCCUUCAGAAUAACAGGAAAAUGAUUGACAUUACAGUUAUAUCCAGUGUGUAUUGAUUUACAUGGUGAAUUUUGUGGAGGGAAAACACUUGGACAAUUAACUGUGAAGCCCUGUCUGGCCAGUAUAAUGCCAGCUUCAGGAUGUGUUGUGAUUAUUGUAGUACUAUCUGUAAUAACUAUCAUGACUGUACCUGUCGGAGUGAUGAAAUGGAUUGUCACUCCGUAAAACACAACACCACAUCAAUUACAGCCCUAAUGUGAUGGAGUCGGAUACCAGCAGCAGGAAGGCAUGGCGGAUAAAACCUAAUUAUGGAGCUAUUAUCUUCACUUUGUUGUAGAGUCAGUCGACUUCAGCUCUCUAGUAUAUGUUGUUUUGCCGUACACAUAGGACUAAGACUGCUCUAUUAGUGUAACUUUCCAAUUGAGGCUGCAGACUUUUUAUCACUAAACUUUGUUGAAAUGCGUGUUCUCUGGUCCAUAAUAUGGAUACUACUGACAAACAUCUUUGAGACCACUUCAGUUCCAGCAGCACAGACUAGUUCUUGUGGCCCCCUACUACCACCUCUCCCCAGCGAUCCUGACCACACACACAAAGACACUGUCAAUGUGUCUGCCAGUCUCCAGAAUAACUGUCAAAUAUACAACAGGCUGGGGCUUGUCCUAAAGGAACUUGGCAUUUUUUCUGCCAAUUCCAAUUUUUGCUUUAUUCUAGAAACUCUUACACGGACUGUAUACCAGAGUGAUAAUUCAGGUUCCUCACAAAGGAUUUCAGUGUCAUUAGAUUUCAUUGUAAGUUCACAAUCAUCAGGUGUGGAUCAAAACACAACAGUGACUAACAACUGUCACAAUAUGGCGACAUAUUCCAGACAGGUGGAGGCCAUGGAACAGCUUCAGUCUCAGAAUCAGACAGAUGCUCAUAAUGUUAGUACAGUGGUGGAUCCACCCAGUAAACACGCUCAGGGGGAGGAUUCAGGAGGGUUGAGUUAUACUCAGAUGGUAGUCAUAGCAACCUGUGCAUCCAUCAUUGGAACAUUUUUUCUGAUUGCAGGAAUUAUAAGGGUGAGAAACUACUGGAAGAGGUGGCGGGAGGAGCAGGCAGCCUCGCGGCGACUGGCCGCCACAAACUACCGCCUCCCACUACACUCAUCUAAUCAGGAGGUCCACGGGUCACCUAAAGACAGCAGAGCCGGGUCAUCUGGUAGUGGCCACAGCCAGAACAGUCCAAUGUUAAAACACAAUGAUCUCUACAACCAAGUGGGCAAUGGUAAAUCAGUGGCAUCCCCCAAUAAGUACCUGGACACCAUGCCAUUGUUAGUGGUGACCGCCCCCUCCACAGGGCCCAACACACCCAUAGGAUCUGUGUCCUCGAUUCAGUAUAUUGAUGAGGAGCCAGACACUAAAGAAGAAGAUUUCACAAUUGAGAAAAAUAUGGAAAAUGAAGAAUGUACAAAGAAAAGUGACUCCCAAACUACAAGUGGAACUAAUCAAAAUGCACCCAAUCAAAACACAGCUCAGAGGAAUCAACCAAUCAAAUGCAUUGUCUCAGAGGAGAACAAAUCAAACAGCCCAAACAUUGAUAGUUGUGAAAUGCAAGGACAUGCUGACUCCCAUUUUUGUUCAGAUGGUGGAACUACAAACACGGAUAUAAAUCCCAGUCAAAACAACCAAGAAGGGACCCCAAAUAAUUUAUUGCUUAAUUGUGGAAUCUCACAGUCUGACGAAAGCCUAGGCACUACUGCAAAUCAUGCAUAUUGCUAUGGCAACCAGUCUGAAUAUUCAAGCAGUUCUGGUUAUGGUAAUUUUGCUUACUAUAGCAAUGAACUGGAAGAUAACAUAUCAGAAAAUACAAACAAUGAAAAUGAAGAAAAUGAAUCUGAAGACAUUGAAAAUAAAGAACCAUCACCCAAUAUCAGCUCCCUUAAGGAUGGUGGUUCUGAAAGAUUCAUUUCUUUAUAUAAUGACUGCAGUGAUGACACAGAAACAAAUUUCCAGUUUAGUCAAGCAGCAGACAUUCCAGAAGAGACUGUAAAGACCAACUCUUAUGUUUCUAAUGAAAAUUUAUCAGCAGCUUCUUGAAAUGACCACUGCAGUGUUUGGUUAAAUUUGUGCAAGAUGACUCAAAUCAGAUUUACUUAAAGAAACAGAAUUCAGGAACAUAUGUAUAUGUAAUGCAAUGUGCACAUCUGAUUUUUUUUUUUGGCUGUAUAGAUUCCAGAGUUUACUGAAAUUUUUAAAUUGAAUAUUUAUGUCUAUGUAUCGAAAUCUGUCCGUGUCAACAUUUCUUUACUGGCUUUUUGUACUUUAUUUGCUCUGGAGAUAAAGUAUUUUUUUUAGUAUAAUAAACUUAAAUUUAUUGUAUCUUUAACAUGAAUAUUUGAAAUACUGAAAUAUAGUCUUCAUAUUUAAUGUUGACCUUGACUUUUCACCUUCAAAAUAGAAAUUUGAGGAUCAGUCAUUUUGAUCCUAAACUAAUGUGGCAUUUCAAAUACUUCCACUGUUAUUGUUAUUGCCUCUCACCCUUUGACCUAGUGCAUUUAAAUCAAAGUUUGGGGUUUUUUUGCCUUUUUUCAUCUUAUUUUGUAUCUACGAUUACAAUUCAUUUUCAAACUGUCAGAAUACCAGUGUGUCCAGUACAUGUACUUUGAUUAUUCCUAGUGAGUCGGUAUCUCUUUUGCUCCCAUCUUUUUUGAGAUUAUGAUUAUAAUUAUCUAUAACAAUUGAUACUUAAGGUACAUGUACCAGCAAUGGUGUUGACAUGUCCACAUGACAUUAAUCAAGCAACUUGUAAAUUUCUUAGCUCUUUUGUGAAUCUAACCAUGAAAUAUAGCUUAAUUAUACUCAAAUAAAUCAGGAUGAAAUUUAUACAAUGUUAUCAUUAUAGUUGAUUAAAAAGCUCUUGAGUUCAAAUUGUGGUUACCUGUACUUUGCAAUCCAGCCAUUUUUGCUGUAAUUUAAUGCAUGGUUUUCUUAUUUCUAAACUGACUACAGUAUACAGAAAGUACUUUUAUAGACAGCUUUCAAGGACAUGUUUGAGAUGGAAUGUACUUUAGAAAUUACUAUUAGUUAUUCUGAGCAAACUAUUUGCAUUUUUAAAACAUGGAAAAAUUGUGUAGUUUGAAAUAAUAUCAGUUAAAUCGAUCUCAUCAUAAUUAGUUUUAAAAAAAUGCAUACUUCUGCAUUUGCAAUUGAAAAAUAAGAUUAAAUGUUGGUACACAAAGGGCAGAUUUUUUUUCAACAUUGUUUUUAAAGAAUAUGUAUGUCACUUUGUGAA